AUGUCCAAAAGAUGUUUAAACAACGGCGAAAUCGUGAUGGAUAUACGUCUCAUUAGCGGGACGUACAAUUUGGAUAGUUCGGGAGAUCUCCCGAAAAACGGGAUCAACAAGUACGUAUCGAACAACAGCGACUUGGAAGAGUUUGGACUAUUCAGAACCAACCGCACAACGUCCACAAAUUGGCCGUAUGUCUCGUCUAUUGACGGUUUAACCACCAAAUUCGUGGAGAGCAAGUCCAGAAUGGUUCGGAAGUUUAUCUCCGCCAACAAUGCCGGGUAUCUUACUGUACUUUUCAUGAGAACUUGCAAAAUGUCGUAUUUCACCAACAAAUCGAUGUUUGUGCGCAGAAAACUGAACGAUUGCACUAUAAUGGCUGUAUCUUUAAGAAUAGUCUUGUUGGUUUCCUCCAAUAAAAUUGACCGCAACAGCGGGAAAUUGGGCUCGAUCUUGAUCUUCUCCUUAUCAUUACCCAAAACACACUGCUUGACGGUCUCGAUCCGGUCGAUCUUGUCCCGAAUGGACAGCGUUUCGAACGAAACUAACAAAGACAUACCGGUAAUUAGUUAA